AUGUGCCCUGCGGAAAGCAGACUGGCCUUCUCCGUGCAUAUGCUCACGGGAGGCGGAGCAGUUGUGGAUCAACACCAAAUCCAUCUUGGAGGAGAGAGGGGAGCCAGUGACGUGGGAGGCUUUCAGAGAGAGGUUUCUCUCCGAGUAUUUUCCAGCCAAGGAGGUGGAAUUCCUUCAGUUGACUCAGGGGAAAAAACCGUGACGGAGUAUGCUGAGAGUUUCAAGCACCUUAGUCGUUUCUACACUCUGCCACUUGAUGAGGAGUGGCGAUGCAAAAAGUUCGAGAAUGGUCUUCGCGGUGAUAUCCGUUUGAUGGUGGCUCCUUUGUCCAUUAAGGACUUUGCCGCUCUGGUGGAGAAGGCCAGAGUGAUGGAGAAAAUGAAACGUGAGAUGGAAGGCCAACGCCUACAGCAGCCUCAGAGGAUUGGUGGACCAUCUGGGUCCAAACCUAGACAUGAGGAGCAAAGGAGGCCAUAUGAUAGACCCCAUCAUCAGUCCCAGGGGUCCAAGAGUUUCUCUCCCCAGCAGGAGCGAGUACAGUGUUAUAUUUGUAGAGGUCCUCACCUGAGGAGUGCUUGUCCACGCAUGGAGAGUUACCGUAGAUGCAACAAUUGUGGCAAGGAGGGCCACUUUGGGAAGGAUUGUCCCAACCUUGCUAGGACAACAACACGCCCUCCAGUUCAGACUCCUCACCAACACCAGCGGAAAGACAAAGGCAAUAGACCUCAGGCGACAAGUAGGGUGUAUGCCAUGACAGGAGCGGAAGCGACAGGAUCAGGUAAUCUAGUUAUGGGUCAAUGUGUGAUUGCGGGUGAAUCUUUGUGUGUGUUGUAUGAUUCAGGAGCGACACACUCAUUUAUGUCAAUUGCUUGUGUCGAACAUUUGGGUCUGCCGGUGCGCGAGCUGCAAUGUGAGCUUGCAGUAUCUACUCCAGCUUCGGGUCUGGUUAGGACGUCUUCCUUGUGUGCUAGGUGCCCGGUGGAGGUAGAGGGACGCAGGUACAAGGUGAAUCUGAUCUGCCUAUCUCUACAAGAGUUGGAGGUAAUCUUAGGGAUGGAUUGGCUCUCUGCCAAUCGCAUUCUUAUAGAUUACCGAGAGAAGAGAUUGUUAUUCCCCAACUCAGAGGAUCCUGAGUUGUUAUCGUCCCAAGGGGUUAUGAAGGAGCUGUGA